AUGGCGGCCUCUGAUGAUUUGAUCGAUUUUAACAUCAUUGAGAACCAGAAGGAAAACAUCCAAUCCCUCCCCGGGGGCCGAUCCGCCAGACAACUUGCCCAGAUCUUUUCGGCAGGGAGCAACAAUGACAAGAUCGCGUCGCCAUCUCCGAACGACACGCGAACCCUCAACGAUGCCAUUCGCCAGGAAUACGAAGGUGAACUGCAGUCAAUAGUAGAGUCAGACGAUCCACUCGACGUUUAUGAUCGCUACGUUAAAUGGACCCUCAACGCCUACCCAUCCGCCCAGGCGACCCCCGAGUCGGGGCUCCUUCAAUUACUCGAGCGAGCAACGAAAUCAUUCCUGUCUUCCUCCCACUACAAGAAUGAUCCCCGGUAUUUGCGUCUAUGGCUUCAUUACAUUCGGCUUUUCUCCGAUGCCCCCCGCGAAACGUUUGCCUUCCUCGCACGCCAUCACAUUGGCGAGGGCCUUGCCCUUUUCUACGAGGAAUUUGCCGCGUGGCUUGAAGGUGCGGGGCGAUGGGCGCAGGCAGAUGAGGUUUACAGACUCGGUGUGGACCGCGAGGCACGACCUGUAGAGCGACUGGCGCGGAAAUAUGAUGAAUUCCAGCAGCGAUACGAACAACGCCCGCAGGAUGCCGGCCCUUCUUCACCGGCCUUGCCGACUGUCCGUCCCGCGCUGGCCGCAAAGAUGGAUCCAUUUGCUCCUUCAGAUAUCUCGGCUGACCCGCAGGCCUCGCGACCAUCACCGUCAACGGGCGGAGGCGCGAAGACCAAGUCCGGAAAGCCAAAAAUGUCGAUUUUCUCCGAUUCUGACUCUGGCUCUGCGAGCCAACCCGCAACUAGUGGCCCGACCAAGGGAUGGGAGAGCAUCGGCUCGAUGCAGGAACGCAAAAAGGAGAAUCAGGUGGAGGCGAAGCCAUGGGCGGGAGAGACUUUGAAAGCUGGCAAGAAGUCGGGGCCAACGCAAAAGAUGGCCAUUUUCAGGGACGAGUUCAAUCCAAAUCUUCCUACCCAAGAACCCGUACAACCAAAACCAGUUCCGGAACACCACGUAAGGGAAGCGGUUAAUCCGCGGACUGGUCGACGUGAGCGUGUCUUCGUCGACUUGGAGGCUGUAUACCCGGAUCACAACAACCCGGCGCAUGAGAUCAGCUUCGAAGAACUGAGGGCCAUGAAGCGCGGAUGGAUCGGAAAGAAUUGGUGCUCCCAGAAGGAACCCUUGCAACAAAUCUCUGGAAACGUUGGCGGCGCCGAUGGUCAGCCAGGGAAGCCCAAAGCUGCCACUCCUGACCAAGAAUUGCCGGAGCAACUAAACCAAAAGCUGAAGAUUGACGAACAAACACAAUCCUAUGACCAGGAUGGCGCCCCCGAAGGCAAGUCGGGCAAAGCGAGACGUUUCAAAGUGAAAGGGGAAACACAAACCGUCAAAAUGAAGUUCGACUCGCCUACUGGCUCCAAGGUUCGGCGGAAGAGUACCAGAGAGCCGACAAUGACCAUGCAUACUCGCGCUGCAACAGAUGAGAUCUACAGCAUCUUCAACCAACCAUUGAAAGCUGAGACUGAAGAUGCUGCUGAUAGCUUAUGCGACAGUGACUAUGAGGAUGAGGACUACACCAGUGCCGGGGACAGUACUGGCACGGGACAUAUCUCGGCGGCUUCGAGUGACUUUGGCGACGACGAGACGCAUACCUUUCACAAAUCCUAUGACGACACUGAAUAUACCGACACCACGCGCGCUGAAAGCGUCGACGGCGGUGAGUGGACAGAAUUUACUGCGAGUCGAGACAUUCCGGCUAUCGAUGCUGCGGACACGGUCUCCCAAUCCGCCGUCAGUGAUGGAGCCGCCAGUGGUUCUGCACAAGGAACACCAGGGAGAGAACGAUUUGUACCGGAAAUGCCUGAAGACUAUGACCCUCCCUAUGGCCCGUACCGCGACCCGGCAAUCAUGGCUCAGAACCGCUUGCCAUUCAUGACGCCCAUUGUCGAGCAGACGGAGUCUUCGGUUUCAAUGACUGCCGCUCGUGCCAAUUUAUACAAUGCGAAAACUCCGUCGAAACCUCGGUCACCUGGUAUGCCUCCAAUGGGCGAUCUUCUUCUAUCUAGCCCAUUGGGGGCAGCCACUCCCUACCAAGGAGAUCAUACUGUUGGCUCCACAUCUGAUGUCCCUUUCAGCCCAACUGCUUUCAAGGCACUUGCACCAAAGCUUCGCCGGCGGGAAGCAAUAAUCAAGGAUACGCAAUGCAAUCCAACUGACAAGGGCGUCCGCAACACGAUUCUGAACUCCUUGGACCCACCGCUCGCGUCAUACAUGGGAUACCACGGCCACGUUGAGGACAGCAAUUAUGCCUCCGUGAUUCAGAAGUUUGUGAAGAAUCAUAGCAGGCGGUCCAAGAGUGGCGACGACGAAGAAUUCGACACUCCCAUUCUCGAAUUCCCAGGGGCCGAGCGUAGCUACAUCAUCCGGCGCGAACUCGGAGCAGGCGCAUAUGCCCCGGUCUACCUCGCAGAAAGUGUUGACAGCCUCGAGUCAUAUAAUUCUGAUUCCGAUGACGAAAACGCAGGCCGAGAUUCCCAACCGACAAAACCGAAACCUAACGAAAAGCCUCGCUAUCCCUUCGAGGCCGUCAAGGUAGAACAUGGGCCAUCGAGCGCGUGGGAGUUCUACAUGCUCCGUGCAGCACACGACCGUUUGGAGCAAUCUUCCAACCACACUCGUGCUACUGACAGCAUCGUUCGUGCACAUGAACUGCACGUGCACAGGCGGGAGAGCUUCCUGGUGGAAGACUACCGCGGACAGGGCACACUGCUGGACCUGGUCAACAUCAUCCGCAACGAGUACAACGCCGAUGGAGGACUUGAUGAGGCACUGGCCAUGUUUUUCUCGGUCGAGCUCUUUCGCACCAUCGAAGGACUCCACGCCAACGGAAUCCUCCACGGCGAUAUCAAAGCCGACAAUUGUCUCGUCCGCCUCGAGGAGCCCAACCCCAACGAACUACCCGCCAAGGCACUUUCUCUCCUGGACCUGGGAGCCGACGAGUCCCCCACUGAUCCGCGUGAGAGCAUCCACUACGCCCCCAGUGGGGCCCACGGCUGGCAGAACAAGGGCCUGGCCCUGAUCGACUUCGGCCGCGGCAUCGACAUGAACGCCUUCUCGCCCGCGGUCCAAUUCAUCGCCGACUGGGAAACCGGCACACACGAGUGCAAUGAAAUCCGUGAGAUGCGCCCCUGGACCCACCAGAUCGAUUUGUACGGCAUCGCCGGCACCAUUCACGUCCUGCUGUUCGGCAAAUACAUCGAGUCGACCCCUGUGCGCACCAGCACCGGUCUUGCAGACCCUGUUGUUCGCACGUAUCGCAUCCGCGAGUCUCUCAAGCGCUACUGGGACCGCGAGCUUUGGGCCGACGUCUUCGAUCUGCUGCUGAACCCCGGCGCGGAGCGCUGGGUGAGCAUGGAGCGCGAGCAUGGUGCUGUGGAUACUUCGUCUGCUCCUUCUUCGCCACACCCUAUCCUUCCAGUCCUCCAUUCCAUGCGUCAUGUCCGCCGCAACAUGGAGGAGUGGCUUCUCGCGAAUGCCGAGAAGAAGGGACUUGCCCUCCAACUGCGCAAGAUCGAGGCUAUUCUCGCUGAGCGAAAGCGGAAGCUCGAGCGGUGA